CUGUUAGAAAUAGAAAAAUGGAGAGAGAAAAGUCAAUGUUGUCUUAAAAUCUUUCAAAUUGGCAUCAGAACAAGUUUAGAAGAAGGAAAAAGAAGAGGAAUCAGUUAUGGAAAAGUUAGAAAUUAAGGGAAAAUGAGGGAAAGUGGGAAGGAAAAUGGAGAGGUAGAUUUAUCUUUGUGUGAUUUCAGCUUAAACAGUGAUUCUUGUUUAGAUGUAGUAAUUGCUUUCGGUAGUUCACGCAAUCCUUCUUGAACCAAAAAUUAAUACUAGCUUCCGUACACAGCGCUUAUCUUUAUUUCAGUCACACCUUACAUAUUUAGACUUGCUGUUGAAGCUAUUGAAGAUCUCUUAAAGGGUAACUGGACCUGGAGAGCUUCUCCCCUUUUCAGUAUUUUUGGCAUAUUCAUCUUCUGCAUCUCAUUGUGUUUUUUGAUCUCGUCUAUUGGCAAAGUUUGUAAUUUGGUAUUUACUUGAUGGGCUGUUCAAAUUCAUGUUUCAUAUAAUCUUCGUGGCAUUGGGGUCAAUGCCAAAGAGGUGGAUUUAAAUGGAGAGAAACCUGAACAACUUUGUGAUGGAACAAUCAGACAUGCAUAAACAAUUUCAAUACAGUUCCAGGGAAUCUGGACAUGAGGGCUUCCCUCCCGCAUCUCAAGCAUUUAUGCUAGACCCUGGUAGCAACAGAAAUAAUAUUAUGAGACUUCCUGACCUUAAUGCAUCAGAGGUUAAACCUGUACAUAAUUAUUCCAUAACAGGUGAGGAGUUUGCUUUUGAAUUUAUGCGUGACCGAGUUAAUCAUAAGAAGCCUCUUAUCCCCAGUGCUGCUGGUGAUCCCAAUUAUGCUGCAGGGUAUAUGGAACUAAAAGGCAUUUUAGGCAUUAGUCAUACAGGGUCUGAAAGUGGGUCAGAUAUAUCAAUGCUUCCCAUAGCGGAGAAAGGUCCAAAAGAAUUUGAAAGAACAAGCUUGUCUUCGCACGAGGAGAGAAGCAACUAUGGGUCAGUUCGGUCAGUACCUCAAACUUCAUCGGGUUAUGAAAGUCGAGGACCUAUACAUGUUUAUACCUCUUCAGGAGCCUCUGAUAGCUUGUCUGGAAAGAUGAAAGUUCUCUUCAGCUUUGGUGGUAAAAUCCUACCUCGUCCUAGUGAUGGAAAGCUCAGGUAUGUUGGAGGUGAAACACGCAUUAUACGCAUUAAUAGGGAAAUUUCAUGGCAGGAGCUUAAGCAGAAAGCUUUAUCAAUUUAUGAUCAAUUGCAUGUGAUAAAAUAUCAACUUCCUGGAGAGGAUCUUGAUGCCUUGGUUUCUGUUUCAUCUGAUGAGGAUCUGCUGAAUAUGAUGGAGGAAUGGAAUGAAGUUGAAGAUAGGCAAGGAUCACAAAAGCUUAGAAUGUUUUUAUUCUCCAUAAGUGAUUUAGACGAUGCUCAAUUUGGCCUGGGUAGCGCGGAGGGUGAUUCUGAGAUUCAGUAUGUAGUUGCUGUUAAUGGCAUGGAAGUGGGAUCCAGGAAAAACUCGACCCUGCAUGGUUUGGCAAGCUCUUCAGGAAAUAAUUUAGAUGAGUUAGAUAGACUAAAUGUUGACAGAGAGACAAGUAGUGCUGCAACUGUCUCUGUUGGGGUCAGUACUUUGCCAUUUACUGCUCAACCAAUUCUUCAGAGUUCCUCCAGUGCAUAUGAAACCCAUCCACAUCCACAGUUUUAUCAUGGCCAGUUGAUGGAUCAUAGAGAAACUCAGCAUUUCCUGCCGCACGAUCAUUGCAAUUCUUCUAAUUAUUCUCCUUAUGAAGAAACUCCUCAUUCAGUGCCUCUCCAUGGCCUUAUAAAUCAACAGGGAGGUUUGCAUGAAGGACAUUCGGGUAAUAGCAUUCAGUUGCAUAAAUCUCAGAUACUAAUAAAGGAGGAGAAGCGAAAACCUGAUGUUUCAGUUCAGCAAGAAAUUGAACCUGAGAAAACUCGUCCUGUGGAAAAAACUUACCCUGUUCCUGUUGAUGAAGCACCAGUUGGAGUUGCAUUGCAAGGAGAUCUUCAUUCUCCACCCAAAAAAAAUGAGGGGAGGUACCAGGAACCUGAAAAGGUCUCUUCUUCUGUUGAUGCUGUGAAUUCAGUCCAGGUUCCUAAAUCUUCUGAAGAUGAUCAAUGUUCCACAUCUGAUGGUACGUUUGGUCCAGUCUAUGCUGAUUCUGCUUCCAAUCUGAUUGACUUGAGUUACCCUGAACCAUCAGUGCCUCCUCAGAGAGUUUAUUAUUCAGAAAGAAUACCGCGGGAGCAAGCAGAGUUGCUGAACAGGUUAUCAAAAUCUGAUGACUCACUUGGUUCUCAGUUGCUUACUUCAAUUGCAGAAACUGUUGAAAAGUUGCAUCAGAGUAAUUUUGCUCCCCAUACCGAGAACUCCACAUCAACUUCAAAACCAUCAUAUGCAGACACUCAAACCAUCAAUGAGGGACUUGCCCAACUUGAGAAGUACAAGGAGUUUGCUGAAGCAGUUUCUCAGACGAACAAAAGGCUUUCUGGUUCAGACAAUGUGCUGGACAGGGAAAGUGUUCUCAUGGGUGACUAUGAUACAGAUUAUACCACAGGUAAUAAUGUGAAAAACCUGAAUGAGGAAAUGGGAGAAGCUGGAUCUGGGCAUUCAGCUGUGCGCCAAGUAACUGCUGUCAUGCCUCAGAAGGAUCCUGCAUCUAAUCUUUCGGAGCCUAAACGGGUUGAGACAACUGGCAAGGACUUCACGAGUAAUAACAAUCUUGGACAUUCUCAGCCAUUUUCUGGGACAGAGAGCUCAACUAAAGAUGUUUCAAAACGAAUAACCCCUGUUGGUGUUCCAGUGGCAAAGCAGGUAGACAUCAGUAUAGAUAUUAAUGACAGAUUCCCUCGUGAUUUCAUUUCUGAAAUAUUCUCUGGUGGGAUAUCUACUGAGGAUACAUCUGUUGUUAACCCAAUUCACAAAGAUGGGGCUGGCGUGAGUGUGAACAUGGAAAAUCAUGAGCCCAAGCGCUGGUCAUAUUUUCAGAAGUUGGCACAGGAUGGGUUUGCUCAAAAAGAUGCUGCUCGUACUAACCUGGAUCAUCUUGGUACUCCAUCUGCACCUGCAAAAGUUGAAGAAGGAGAUAAGAAUUCUUAUCAUUUUACAACUUUGACAACUGAUGGAAUGUUGAUAGACCAUGAAUAUUCCCAAAACAAUUUUGGUGAAGACGUUAAGAAAAAUUUACCAGGAAUGGUAGGAGCUGACUCUACAAUGCUUUCAGGUUUUGUUCAUUCUCCAGUGAAGAACAGUGAAACUCUGCAAUUUGAUGCUAUGAUGGAUAACCUAAAAUCACCAGAAUCAUGCUAUGAGGGUGCAAAGUUGGAAAAUAGGAGUGCCGGCCUACCUCCCCUCGAUCCUUCUCUGGUAGAUUUUGACAUCAAUACUGUGCAGGUCAUAAAGAAUGAUGAUCUUGAAGAGCUGAGAGAACUGGGUUCUGGUACUUUUGGGACUGUGUAUCAUGGAAAAUGGAGGGGAUCAGAUGUUGCCAUUAAGAGGCUAAAGAAGAUCUGCUUCACUGGUCGCUCAUCAGAGGAAGAGAGAUUGACAUUAGAGUUUUGGCGGGAAGCUGAAAUCCUUUCAAAGCUUCACCAUCCAAAUGUGGUAGCAUUUUAUGGUGUGGUGCAAGAUGGACCUGGAGGGACAUUAGCUACUGUGACAGAGUACAUGGUUGAUGGUUCUCUUAGGCAUGUUUUACUUAAGAAGGAUAGGUAUCUAGAUCGUCGGAAGCGGUUGCUAAUAGCUAUGGACGCUGCAUUCGGAAUGGAGUAUUUACACUCAAAGAACAUUGUGCAUUUUGAUUUGAAAUGUGACAACUUACUUGUGAACUUGAAAGAUCCCCAGCGACCAAUCUGCAAGGUUGGUGACUUUGGCCUGUCAAAAAUUAAACGAAAUACCCUGGUUUCUGGAGGUGUACGGGGAACUCUACCUUGGAUGGCACCAGAACUGCUAAAUGGAAGCAGCAAUAAGGUCUCAGAAAAGGUGGACGUUUUCUCCUUUGGAAUUGUCUUGUGGGAGAUCCUUACUGGUGAGGAGCCAUAUGCCAACAUGCACUAUGGUGCCAUCAUAGGAGGAAUUGUAAAUAACACAUUGAGGCCAACCAUUCCAAGCUUUUGUGAUCCUGAAUGGAAAAGGCUGAUGGAGCAGUGUUGGGCCCCUAAUCCUGCAGCCAGGCCAUCCUUCACUGAAAUUGCUGGCCGAUUAAUGUCAACAGCUGCUGCCCAAACCAAAGGACACAAUAACAAAACAUCAAAGUAAAUGUGAUGCAACACAGGCAGUCCAUAUUUUUAGGACUGCAUAUAUUUGGGAAGAAAUUAAAAACUUAAUUAUUUUGUUUUUUUUUUUUCCCUAAUUACACUAGGUUUAUAAUGUUUAGUUGUAAUGGGUUUUUGUUAUUUGAGAAAGAAAUUAUGAACUGAA